AUGGCUUGGACAACAAGCAACAUUCUAUCAACUGCAAUGAAUAGAGAAGGAAGAGUUUUAUUUUGGGAUAUUUCAACAGGUAAUCUUUCAUCAAAUUUGCAUACUAUUGACACACGUAGAGCAAUUUCCUCUCUCGUUUGGUCAGGAAAGGAUAUUAUAACAUCAUAUAAGGAGUGUUUUUAUAUUCAAUUGUGGGAUGGUUUUGACCAAUCUCAAAAAAACAAAUAUCAAGCUUGUUUUUUGAAAACACCAAAAAAUACCUAUUUAACAUAUGGUCCAGAAUCUUCCCUACUAAUUGGUGCAUCUUACAAUCAAAUAUUGUGUUGGUCAUGUGAGGAUAAAACAAAGAAAACCAAAAUAAUUGAUUCAUCCUUCUUAAGAAUGUUAAGAUAA